AUGGCCACCAUGCAGAUCAGGGCCUUCCAUGACUUGGACUCGCAGAGUCAGGACGGUGCUGAGACCCCGCGCGGACACCGAUACGAAAACACUCUUGGAAACGUCUCCACCGUGAAGCUUGUCUUCGCCGAGCCCGAGCGUGGGCUGCCAUCGUUGCGCCGCGGCUGGCGCACGCCGGACCCCUCGCCGGACCGAACGGGACUGCCCAAGUGCGCCCCCUAUGCUGAGUAUCUCGAGGAGACAGAAGAGGCUUUGGACGUGCAUGGGCGUGGGAGGCAAACGGAUGCGCACACUGCAGUCCGUCUCCAAACCCCGUCCCCGCCGCCCGUGGCCGACUUCCGCAUGGACUCCUACGUGAAGCAUGUCGCGCAGGCCUUCCGUGCAAGCUGGGCCGAUCAAAGCGAGGAGACAGAUGAGGAAGAGGCUUUGGAGGUGCAUGCGCGGGGGAGGUCGAUGGAGGCGCACGCAGCAGUGCGUCUCCAGACCCCCUCACCGCAGCCCCAGGCCAUCCCAGACUUCCACAUGGACGCUUACAUGAAGAACGUUGCACAGGCUUUCCGUGACAGCUGGGCUGAUCAGAGCGAGGAGACGACGGAGGCCGAGUCGCCUGGGGAGGCUGACUCCCCUGCAGAUUCGGAGCAGAAGCCCAUGCUAUCAGUCUGGCCUUCGAGCAAUUCCUUCUGGGUGCCCUUUGUCGGUGACGUUCAGGCAAAUCAGGCGGGCGACGAGGCCGUUGAACUUCGAGUGAAGGAGCCACUGGAUCGUGACUUUGUGCUGGCAAGGGUUCUUAACUCUGAUAAUGGUGCUGCGUGGCCGGGUUUAUCAGGGUCAGGCUGGCAGUUCGAAAUGGUGCCACGUAUCGUAGUGAAGACGGCCUUGAAGGCCACUCUCGGGGUGGGCUUCGUCCAAGGAAAGCCGGCCACACAAGCUGAGGCGAUCGCGAUCCACCUAGUACGUACCACGCCGAGGGCCGGCUUAGCCUUCAUCGAUGUGUCGCUGGAAGCAUGUGCCUUGUUUGAGGAGGCCGUGGGAGAGCAAGUGCAGCCAAGUGCCAUGCUGGCAGUGUUCUUGAGAGCGGUGUUCUUCAGCUGUAUUCCGGUGAUCAUGAUCACAGGGCCCGCACAAGCCGCGGAACGGCCUCCUGAGGAGCCCUUGUGCAGGUCUGAGGAUCUUGAGGAUGCCGAUAUCCGCGCUGAGGUUGCAUCUGCCGUGGAGAAAGAAUGCAGUGAGCUUGAGGUGCCGAGCCCAAAGCGAAGGUGUCAUGAUCGAUCGUCUGAGGUGUCUGCCUUUUGGUCUAUUAGCUUGCUAAUCGAGACUGCAGGGGACUUGGCAGCUGCUGUUGCUAAGGCGCCGGUUGAGUGGGCCAAAGCCUUGUGUGAUGACUUGGAUCGAGGCCAGGCUGUGAUCCUGUAUGGGGUGGCAGCUGAUGGCGAGUUGCUUCACCUCGCCUCUCAUGUGCAACUGGGCGAUCAUGUGCGGCUUGCGGCUUGGGGAGCUCCGCCCCUUUUGGCAACACCAGGUCUUCCGAGGUUUCAGGUUUCAGCCCGGAGCCGCAGCUCCAUUACUGCAGAGGCCCGCUUGCAUGCGUUGGUGCUUCAGAAUGGGUGGCUUGCAGAUGAUCGGAUGGCUCAUGGCCUGCUGGGCCUGGCGCUGUCAGAAGGCAGGCAGGUGACGGUAGUCGAUCCACUUGACAUGGCUGCUGCGGUCCAGGCUUCCCGUCCUGAAGCUGUGCUCCCCGCCCUUGAGAUGUCAAAGGCUACAGGCACGGUCAUCUCGGCAUUGGCCAUCGAAGGCCACUGGGUCACAUUGUGUUGGAUGGCCUGCCCGCCUAGGGUCCAUGCCUGGGCGAGUGUUCCCAUGUCAGCCACCACGGGGCCUUUUGCUGAAGGUGUAUCACAGGCCAAUUGGGCCAUUGCACGGGCUUCAGGAAGCGGUGUUGCUUCAUUCGAUUGUGAAGGCGGACCUGAGAGACCGCCACUGCCUGGUCAAUGUGGUAGUUUAGCCCUUCUUGACCUUCACCAUCACCUUCGAGGCCUCCUGCCGGACCAUCGGCGGGAUCAGGUCUUUGUGCAAGCGUGUGCGAAUGCAUUCAGAGCAGAGGUCAGUGCAUCAUGUUGGGUACGACCUCCGUGUGUCCUUGCAGGAACUGUGCCGGCCCUGUUGGAGCACGGCUUGGCUGGGGUGCUGCGAGACAAAGGGGUGCCGGAGGCCAUGAUCCAGAGUCGUGUCCAGGCAGCCAUCCAAAGGGUUGGCAGAGGACCGCUUCAAUCGGCCUUGCAAGGGGCCAAUCAGUGGCGUAGCCUGAAAGCGGUGUGCUCUAACGUGACACCACCGUUCCAACUUGUGUUGCCAGAUGAGCUUCAGGGUCUUAUUGCUACCAAGGCCGCGGCAGGCGAGGAGAUCGGGCCCAAAAGGAAAACCAAGGCCAAGAAGCCACCUGCUGCGGAGCACCCAACUUGGAUCAUGCCCCAACCCGAGCAGGUUACUGUUGCACCGGGGGUCUUUGCACAGGAUGGCCAUGCCUUGAAGCAACUCUCGGCAACUGACAUUGGGCCCCAAGCCAAGGGGGUGGUUGUCAUGGCGGGGCCAGCUGUGUUGCCUUAUCUGCGCAUUAACCAGCCAGUGUCGCAGCAAGCCCUUGGAAUCCUUGUGCUGGGGGAUCUUGAUUUGCAAGGCACUCAUUUGAAGCAUGAGCUGGUCAGGUUUCAGGCAACAUGUGGCCCUUGCAAGGAGCCGGCUCUGUUGUCGGCAACCCUCCUGCAAAUCGGCGACAGAUAUGUGCAAAAGGUCCAGCCGGAUUCGCGCCUCACUCUGGAUAUUGUCCCCUCGGCGAUUGUGAGGCUUGCUGUGUAUCGAGAUCAGUGGCCCGAGGACUGGAGUUCCCUCGUAAAGAAGCCCCUCCGAUCGGUGCUCGAGGUCUGUGCUCUCUUGCAGACAUGUGAUUCGGCAGGCUGCACAUGCAGCAAGUGGCAUGGCACAUCAUCUCCCGGGGUGCCCGAGGCUGUUCUUGAGGUUUGGGGCAGGGCCUCAGGCAGUUUUCGUGCUUGUAAGCCAGAGGACGCUGCAGUAUUCAAUGCUUUCCUGAGGGUUCCUGUUGCAUUGGGGCCUUUGCUGUUGGGGUACUCAGGUGAGGCUGGAGUUUACUUCGAGCCCCGUGGCCAGGAAGCACGUCAGAACUCUGUGGAUUACAAUGUGUUCUGGAUGCCCAAAGCCUCUUAUCACGAUGCUUUGGUUUUCAAGCAAACGCAUGCUGAUGUUGUGGGCCUUGCUAGGGUCGGUCAGCGUUUUGGUGUUCGUUGUGCCAAGGACAACACUGCAGCUUUGCAUGCCAUCCUCAGGCCUACAACCCCGUAUAUGGCCAUGGAAGGGGCCCUCACAUUUCAUGCUGGGCCGUGGCCAUACGGCACGCAAAGGGCGACGAUCGUCAAGGCAUUCAAGGAGUGGAAGUGGGAAGCCCGCCCCAUGCAACCCAUCCCACGCCCAUCUGGCUCGGGCCUGUGGUGGGCCGUGGCUGCUCGCGAGCAUCCGCCGCAGGCGAUUCUGUAUGUUCAGCAAGGCGAGGUGUUAAUCAGCGAGGUUAAGUCAAAGGCCACUCCGAAGGUCCAGGCACAGGCACCAGUUGUUGCCGCCAAGGCGGCAAUGCAGGCCUUAUCAGUGGUCCCUCCGGCCGGAGAAGACCCCCUUCAGAUCAACGACCCGUGGGCAGCAGCCCUACCUGCCAAGCUUCCCCGUCCAGUUGCUGUGCCGGCUCCGCCCUUCGAUGUGAAAUCAUUUGAGGACAAGCUGCAGGCUCAGAUCACGGCUCAGGUGACCACCCAGGUCGCUGCUGCCACGCAAUCUGUUGAGGGUCGUGUUGCUGCUCUGGAGACUUCGGUUGCUGAGGUUAACACCCGGGUGCAGGGACAGGAGAGUAGAUUGCGGGAUGCCUUUCAGGAAUUGUUCAAUGAGCAAACGGAGCGACUCGAGCUGCUCCUCGGUGCGAAGCGGGCUCGAAAUGAGAUUCAGGUGGCCUCCUUCCUGGUGGGUGCUCUGUCGAUUUUGGGUGCCGUUGCCUAUGGCUACCCGACUGCUCCGAGCGCCACGUCUUGCCUUUUGGAUGCCAUCACUGACAGGAUUGUGCAUCGAGGGGAGGGACCUCGGUUUAUUGCUGGGGACUUCAACCUUCAGCCACAGGCGUUGCAGCAUGCUCGUGAGUGGGCCAAUCACGGGUUCAUUGACGUGCAAGACAUCUGGCACCAACGCACUGGCUGCAUUCCUAAAGUUACUUGCAAAAAUGCCACUCGCAAAGAUUACCUCUUUGUCUCUGCUGAGCUUCUGCCUUUGCUCCAGGCAGUGGAGGUUGACCCGACCUGGUUUUGUGAUCAUUCUGCUCUCCUGGCAACCUUUCAGGUUCGUGGCUUAUCAGUGCCGAGCCCAAUCUGGCGAAUGCCACGGCAGCGAAAGUUCAGCCCACAAGUUGUUCAGGCCAUGGAACAGGGUGGUUUCCAAACAGUGCCCGUGGUGGGCGACUCCGCGGCAGUCUACCGGAAAAUCUGGCAGGAGUUUGAGACCAGAGCUUCCCAAGCUCUCCGGGGAUGUGGCCAAGCUGCCCUCCGUCCGGCUGAGGUUGGUCGAGGCCAGACGUCGGACAUCACGAUGAUUAAGGCUUUUCAGGGGCAGGUGGCGGUUGGCCGUGCUGGUGAAGUGAAACCGGGCUUUUUUGGAAAGGACCGUCUUUAUUGUCAGUGGUUUCGGCAGCUCCGCCGACUCCAAGCCCUUGUCCAGGCUCUGGGGCGGGAGGCGACUACGGAUAAUGCUACCUUGUAUCGGGCUGGGUUGUGGCAUGCCAUUCAAAAUGCCCCGGGAUUCAAGCCCUCGUUUGUGGCCUGGUGGCCCAAGCGUGAUGUGUGCCUUCCGGAGGAUCCGGUGCAGCUUGCUUUGGGUCUUCCGGGACCAGUGGUCGCUCGACAAAUCUUUCUUUCGUUCCAGGCCAAUGUUCAGGAUUUGGAAAAGCGCCUUAGCAAGCAACGAAAGGUGGAUGCAAGGCAGAGGCGGGUGCAAUCGCCGGCACUUAUCUUCAAAGACCUUCAAAAGGCAGCGGCUCAGCCAGUGCAGACCAUUGUGCAAAGUGUCAAGGCAAAGGUGGUCGAGGUUCGUCAUGAUGAGGCGGCUCUUGUGUUGGAUAGUGCACCCCGAUGGCACGAAGGAGAGGGCUUUUUCAUCAAUGGGCGACCCUUGCAAGUCCAUCAGGUUGCCGAUGAUGCACUCUGGGGUGAAACCGAGGAGGUUAAUGUCGGGGACAUUGUGUCCCAGCAAAGAGUUGUUGCUGAUUUGCCGGGCUUGUUUUCAGUCUUUGGGGCUGAGUGGCUGCAGCGAUGGAUGAAGCAUGAACACAUUGAACCUAAUCGGUGGUCUGCCAUCAUUGAUGCCUUUCCGGAGAACCCGGUGCAGCCUUAUGCCCUUGCGAGCAUAACCGUGCCUGCUUGGAGGGCGGCUAUCCAGGGAAAGCAUGCACGAUCGGCGACCGGCCUAGAUGGGGUCUCCCGAGGUGAUCUUCUGGCCCUGCCUACGGACCUCACCGAUUCUGUGAUCGGGUUGUGUGCACGGGCGGAGGGCUCUGGCGAUUGGGCCCCGCAGCUGCUUGAUGCCCGAAUCUCCGCUUUAGAAAAGGUGGUUGGGGCGGCUGAGGUUACCCAGUUUAGGCCGAUUUGUGUCCUGCCGAUGGCCUACCGCACAUGGUCGUCCAUUCGUGCCAAGGAGGCCCUACGACAUCUGUCCAAAGUGGCGCCGGCUAACUUGUUUGGCAACUUGCCUGGCCGGUCUGCUGGUGGUGUCUGGUACGGGCUCCAGAUGGCUAUUGAGCAGGCCCAGAUUGAGGGGAGGCCGCUAGUGGGAGCUCUGUUGGACCUCAGCAAAGCUUUUAACACGUUGCCUAGGGCCCCUGUCUUUGCCAUCGGGUUACGAUUAGGGUUGCCGCGAGGGCUGAUCAAUGCCUGGAGUGGUGCUGUUGCCAAGCUGUCGCGAAGGUUCCAGAUCCGAGGUGCAACGGGCCCGGCCCUCCCAAGUGCUACAGGCUUCCCAGAAGGUUGUGCCUUGUCAUGUGUGGCAAUGGCGAUCGUUGACUUCGCUUUGCAUGUCUUCGUAGGCAGCAGCUCGAGUCCGGACGUUCUUUCUACCUUUGUGGACGACUGGCAGUUGAUGGGCAAUGAUGGUCCUGAAGUGCAAAGAGCUUUGAAGGCGGUUGAGGAUUUUGUUCAGAGUUGGGAUUUGGCCAUGGACCCUACGAAAACAAUUCAUUGGGCGACCCACCCUGUGCAAAGACGUGAGUUGCGCCGUGGGGGUGUGCAAGUGGCCCUUUCAUGCCGCAACCUUGGUGGCAACAUGGCUUUCACUCGCCGGCGAUCGGCCUCGACCAUCUCGGAGCGCAUACAAGCCUUGGAGGGGCUGUGGCCGAAGUUGUCUGCUUCCUGUGCCCCUUUGAAACAGAAAAUCAAUGCUUUAAUGGUGGCGGCGUGGCCUCGGGCCUUGCACGGCAUUUCUACGGUCACGUUGUGUGAUGCGGCUUUUGCUGGCCUCCGGGCCGGGGCGGCAAGAGGACUAGGGUUGGAUAGGCCGGGGCUUAAUUCUAAGGUUCUCCUUAGUCUUGUGUGCCACCCGUUGGCCGAUCCUCAGUUCUUCGCGAUCGCUUCCACCUUUAAGGAUUUGAGGGCUUUUGCUGACCCGGGCGCCUUUUCACUGUUGGUUAGCCAGGUGUUGAAAGUUGAGGGUCGUUGGACUCCGGGGCCGGCCCAGGCCUUUCUUGAAAGGUGUCAUUCUAUUGGCCUUAGUUGGGAUGUUGAGCGAGGGCUCUUGCAAGACGGGAUUUCCACUUUUGACCCAUGGAAGGUCGCCCCUCAAGAGCUAGGGCUUCGUUUGGCCUUUGCUUGGCAAGUUCGGGUGGGGCAGGAGCUCGAGGCUCGGCCUGGUUUUCAGGGGCUUUCGCGAGCUGACCCUGGCCUUAAAGCUUCUUUUCGCAAGCUAGCUAGUGAACAGCAGAGUUUGGUGUUGAUACUUGCCCAGUCUGGAGCGUUCUUUACCCAAGAUGCUCUGCACCACUUCAGCACUGAUCCCCUGGAUACUGCUACCUGUAAGUACUGUGAUUGUCGUGACAGUGUACACCAUCGGUUGUGGGAAUGUCCUGGAUUCGCGGAGUGCCGUGAGAAGCAUGCUGGAUGGGCUUUACCUGAUCCGGCGACGACACAGCCUGCCCUCGCUUUACGGGGUUGGGCGCUCCGGCCUGAGCGACAGGUUGACUUGUGGCGUGCUUUGCAUGCAAUUCCAGAUGGCACCUACGACAUGGACUGGCCAUCGAGUUUGCCAGACUCCCUGGACCUUUUCACGGACGGCUCAUGCUUCCUGCCGACCUUGCCGCAAAUUCGCUUGGCUUCAUGGGCUGUUACUUUGGCCGCUCCUGUGGGGAUCACGCCAUGGAUUUUGUGUUCAGGUCCACUCCGGGGUAUUCUACAGACUGCUUUCCGGGCUGAGAUUACUGCUGUAAUCGCGGCCCUGCGUGUGGCUCUGGUUUCCAAAAGAGUGGUUCGUAUCUGGUCGGAUUGUGCAGGCGUGGUGAAGCGACUCCGUGCAGCUGGCAAGGGGCAGCUGGUGGUGAGAUCUUCUUUACCCAACUGUGACCUGUGGUCUGAAGUCGUGGCCCUGGUGGAGCGAAUUCAGACCCCAUGGUCGAUACACAAGGUUGCGGCUCACGAGGACCUCUGA